AUGGCUCAAGUGGGUUUUGACAAUAACGAAAAACCUGGUCUGCUUGAUCAAAAUUCUCCAUCUUACCAAGCUCCGCCUUAUCAAGCGCCACCUUAUCAAGCGCCAUCGUAUCAAGCUCCGCCUUAUCCUGCUCAUACGCAGCAAACAUUUCAUCCUGGAGCACAACAGCAAUAUGGUAUGUAUAGGCUACUUCUAGUUUAAAGACAAGACAGUAUAUACAACCGGAUAGAUAGUUGAUUAAAGAGAUAAGACUAGCAUCCAGUACUGCGUUAGAUGCAGAAACAUAUCAGAAGGUGCUCUUUUUACCUUGUGUUUACAGAUAGUUUCGCAAGGAAGAGAACACAGCCUAAACUCUUCUAUUGCCAUAGUAUAAAAUACUGGUAAGAUGCACCCAGGGCAGCCUUGCAGUGAAAUUUAUUUUUCGACACUUCAUACACCAUUCGAUAGAGAAUUUCGCGGUGAUCACGAAUAUCACUUCCAAGGCUCUCAGAACC